CAUGUGUGAGUAGGGCACCCGGUGCUCAAUCUGGCAUCACUGUCCUUAUCGCAAAUGUGUUGGUAAUUUAGAACUGAGAUGAGCUUUAUUUAUUUACUAUCCGAAACAAACUUUUCUGGAAUAUAAUUAUUAGUGAAAAACGUAUGAAAAGCAGGUUUUUUUUUACUGUAGUAUUGAUUCUGCUGCAAAAGUAAAAAAAGAGCAAACACAAUUCCUAACAGCUAUGUCCAAUGAGGAGCGUUUGAGGAAGCUUCUAUCGGAUUUGGGAAAAGCUACAUUACGUGGGGUUCGCAAAUGUCCAAAAUGUGGGACUUAUAAUGGAUCACGUGGUUUGUGUUGUAAGAACAAGUAUUGCGAUGCAGUGUUUAAGGAACCUGGUGAGAAAAGAAAAUUGUCAACAGAAGCUUGUAAGCUUAUUACUGGCACAACUGCUCAAGUUUUUUCUGUUCGAGUGCGAGACAAAGGCCCAGACUAUCGUGGAUUUGUUCAAUUGCCAUUGAUAAAUGCAACAAUUUCUAAUGAAAUGACAACACUUAUUUCACAAUCAACGGCAUUGUGCUUUGUUGAUAGUUGUGAAAGAAGUUUCGAUACUAGUGUUCUUAAAUGUCAUGAAAAAAAUUCAUCCGAUGUGCCUGUUUCUACAUGCCAACAUAUACAUGCAGCUUUAAGAUGUUAUGCAGAAGCACAACCAUUGACGUUAAGGAAUUCUGUUUUAUCAACCUUGAGUGUAAAUAAUGAAAUGAAACAAGAAAUUUGGUUACUAGCUACAGAAACUUCAGGCCCCUUGGUACAACGAGUGUCUAAGAAUAUAAUGGCAGUGAAGUGUAAAGCUUCGCCAAAACAUCCAUUAGGUUAUCUUCAUUUUUCUCUCUUUGUUACAAAAUUGAAAGAUAGAAUCGAACAUCGUUAUUUCUGUUCUUGUUCUGCAUUCAAGGGUGUGACAAAAACAGCAGGAGACAAAGCAGAUUUAGCGCAAUCUUUGCAAAAUAAACGUUGUGUACAUUUUUAUGCAUGUAUUUGCGCAUUUGCUAGUGAUGCAAAGUUAUCCGAGGAAUUUAGUUAUUAUAUAAACUUGGAUCAAACUGAUUUCAGUAUACCAAAACCAUUGUCAACAAUGGUGCAGAAUAAUGAACAAGAUAAAAUAGUUGGUAUUGAUCUUGAUGGUUUAACUACAGAUGAUACAGAUACGCAUCUUUUAAUAUUUCGUGAUGAUACUCUAACAGUGCAGAGUUUAGAUGGAAAUAGAUUGGACUUAGAUUCAAUGAAUUUGGAUUCUACGAUCUUACCAAAUAGUAUUGUUGAAAAUAUUGAAGUAGAGUGUGAUCGUACCUUAUUAGAAGAUAAUAAUAUGAUAUCACAAGUGCAUAAUUUAGAAGUAAUCAAUCAAAGUGGCGUUCAACUUGGUGGAAAUGUGGUCAAAAUAUUGGAGGAUCAAACGACCAUAGAUUCUAAAUACAAUGUGCUUAAUAAUAGUCAAUAUAUUCUAAAUGAUAAUAACAUAAAGGUAUUGAAUACCGGAACCUUAAAGGUCCUUGACACAAAUGCUAUUUUGGAUGUAAAUAACAUGAAAUUAAUUGAUACCAAUACUGUUUCAAACACAAAUGGUGUGAAAAUAGUAAAUAAGAAUGUGUUGAUACAGUAUGAUACCGGAAAUGUAUCGAGUAUGGAAACUAGUACUCAACAGCCAAUUUCUACAAAGCGAAAAAGAGAUGAUAAACCAACAACUGCAAAUACCACUAGUUUAAAUAAUUUGAACUCAAUAGAACCAAGGAAAGCUAAAACAAAGUUACAAAUUGUUAGAAAAUAUCAGAAUCCUUGCGAAGAUUUAGACGAAGCUAACAUAAAUUUACCUUUUAUUAAAUGGUUGGCAUCAAUAACUGAAAGAAUAAAUCAAACUAUGCAUUUUCAAUUCGACGGAAAACCCGACCCACUGGUAUUCCAUGUACCGCAAUUAUUUUUUGACUGUUUGCGGGAAAGGAUAUCAUGUGGUGGUAAAAAAAAACGAUUGCCAAAUUCAACGACAGCGUUUGUCAGAAAGGAUGGUGUACCAUUAGGUACAUUCACCAAAUACACAUGGCAAAUUACUAACAUUUUACAUGUAAAAAGUAUUUUCGAAACGCCGCUUAUACCUUUGGAGAUCACAAGAAGUUUUGUCCAAAAUGCAGAUGGUACAUAUGAAUUGUACAAACGGGAAGAAACGGAUAUAGAUCGGUAUAAAAAAACCAAUAAUAAUGCAUUGAUUAAACCUUUAGAAUUAAAGACUUAUUUGAAAGUUGGAAAUACUUCUCCGAACCAAGUUGAACCGACACCAUUUCUGAUAGAAUGGAUACCAGAUAUAUUGCCAAUAUCGAAAAUUGGUGAGCUUAGAAUUAGAUUUGAAUUCGGUCAUGUAAAAAAUGAAACAAAUCACAGAUGGAGGAAAAUAGCUUUAUUAAAAAAUUAUUAAACGAAUAAUUUUGUAAUAAUUGCCUUUGUAUUACCAAAUUUUCACUUUCCUAUUAUUAAUGGUUAUGUAAAAUGUAAAAUCUUUCGAGAAUAAUUUUC